AUGUCACGAAGAGUGGUGGGUAACCCCGUUAUCGGAACCAUCACCGCAAUCUCUUUAAUUAUUGGUGGUUGGGGUCUUUUACAAAUCACCGGCUUUGAAUUGCCGGAAAACUUGGCCGGUGCCGGAUGUUGGCAGUUUUUAACUAACCUUUCCUUACUUUAUACGUUGCUUGUAUUUGCUAUUGGUACCUUGGCUCAUAUGUUCCAAUCACCCGUAUUAUAUUCAUUAAAGAACUACUUACAUCCAAUUGCGUUGGCUUUAGAAUCAGUGGUGGCUCUGGUUUAUUGGCCCUUAAGAUUAUUUAAACCACAAUUGAUUCUUACAAGAGACUUUUUCCUUCCCAUGGAUGUUGACUUGGCUAUUCAUCUUUUACCAGUGGUUUCUCUCUCCAUUGAUUACUUCCUUUUUAUGCCUAAAUGGCUGUUGUCUCAUACAUCUGCUUUCCUGUUUGUCACGUCGUUAGCUAUGGGGUAUUACUUGCUCUUGAAACAGUUGGUGGAUGUGGAAAAUGGAGCCAUUUAUCCUUAUCAGUUUUUGAACGUUGAUACCGAGUUGGAAAGAAUCGUCAUUUUCUUCAUUGUGGGGUUAACAGGAUUUCUUCAAUACUUAUUCCUUCAAAAACUUUAUGAUGUCAUAGUUGACGGAGAAUAUAACAAGCUUACCGACAAUGAGAAGAUCAAGAAGACUACUUGA